GCCUGGGAGCCGUUACGCAUUUGACGUUUCUUGAUUCCCGGAAGUAAAAACCUGUGAUGUGUUUGUGGACAGAACGUUAUAACUCUGUUAUAUUUUAAGCGUUUUAUCACUUGGAGAGAUUUUUAAGCUUAUAAAAGAAGCGGGAAUUGUGGCAUAACUCUGAAAAAUGGAGGACGACGCUCCUGUGAUUUAUGGUCUCGAGUUUCAGGCUCGAGCACUGACAGCUCAGACAGCUGAAACUGAUGCUAUUCGGUUCCUUGUGGGCACACAGUCACUGAAAUUUGACAACCAGAUCCACAUCAUUGACUUUGAUGAUGAGAAUAACAUCAUUAAUAAGAAUGUCCUUCUGCACCAAGCUGGGGAGAUAUGGCACAUUGGCGCCAGUCCUGCAGAUAAGGCUGUGCUCACCACCUGCUAUAACAAAACCAGCGACAGCAGGGUGGUGUCCUGUGCGGCGGUAUGGCGGAUGCCCUCUGAUUGGGACACAGGAAGCCAUGAGUCACCUGACGACUCCGCUCACAACCCCCAGACCCUGGAGCUGCUCUGUCACCUUGACGACAGCGCACACAGCAAUGCUUCCUGCGUGCUGUGGGAGCCCAUGGGGGACGGCAAGCGUGUGAUUUCAUUGGCUGAUAACCAUGCACUACUCUGGGACCUGCAGGAGGGCUCCACACAGGCCACAGUCUCCAGCAUGGCCACCCUGGAGGGCAAAGGUCAGCUGAAGUUCACCUCGGGGAAGUGGAGCCCGCAUCACAACUGCAGCCAGCUCGCCACCGCCAACGACACGGCCAUACGGGGAUGGGACCUUCGCACCAUGAGUCAGAUCUACAGCAUCGAGAACGCCCAUGGCCAGCUGGUGCGUGACCUGGACUUCAACCCCAACCGGCAGUACUACCUGGCCAGCUGCGGAGACGACUGCAAGGUCAAGUUCUGGGACGUCCGCAACGUCCAGGAGCCGGUCAAGACCCUGGAGGAGCACUCGCAUUGGGUGUGGAGCGUGCGCUACAACCACAGCCAUGACCAGCUGGUGUUGACGGCCAGCAGUGACAGCCGCCUCAUCCUCUCCAAUAUGGUGUCCAUCUCCUCAGAGCCGUUCGGACACUUGGUGGAUGAUGAAGAGCUGAGCGAGGGGGAGGACAACCACCAGGAGGAAAAGGGUAAGGAGCCUCUGAAGGACAGCGUGGUGUCGACCUACGAGGAACACGAGGACAGUGUGUACGCAGCGGAGUGGUCGUCGGCCGACCCCUGGCUCUUCGCCUCACUCAGCUACGACGGACGCCUCGUCAUCAACAGAGUCCCACGUGCCCUCAAAUACCGCAUCCUGCUCUGAGGGAGUGUACAGGUGAUCUGAAUGUGUGUGUGUGUGUGAGAGAGUGUGUGCGUGUGUGGAUUGUAAGAGUGUGGUAACAUAUUUUUACGCAUCCUUUGCAACAAAAAAAGGCUGCUAACAGACAUUCCUUUGCGUCACAGUGUGUUCUGUGCAAACUGCAUGUGAAGGCAGCAUUGAUAAAGACUGUGUGUCAUGUACAUACACUGAAGUUUAUAAAUACACAUAUGUGCCACUGACAUCUGUAAACCAUAAACAUGCUGGAUAUCUCAUUAAACAACUAAUACUCCUGAA